AUGCCCUUUGCGACGCAUGAUGGCGUCAAGAUCUACUACGAGGAUUCGGGUGGCGAAGGCCCAGUAUUGUUCAUGACCCACGGUUUCAGCGGUACCGGGGAGACCUGGGACGCUCAGCUGGCGCUGUCUAAGGAGUUCCGCCUCAUUCGUUGGGACAUGCGUGGCCAUGGCCGCUCCGACAGCCCCGAGAGCAGCGAGGUCUACAGCAAGCAGCACCAGCUGAAGGACAUGGAGAGUGUCCUGGAUGCUUGCGGUGUGACAUCUGCGAUCUUCGUCGGGCACUCGCUGGGAGGAUUCGAUUCGCUCCUCUUUCUGCUCAGCAGCCCAAGCCGUGCGGCCAGGGUGAGGGCCUUGGUCCUGAUCAGCACCGGGCCAGGCUUCGCGAAGGCGGAGUCGAGACAGCGCUGGAACAGCCGCGCCGAGGUCUUGGCUGCCGAGUUCACUGCGAAAGGCCGGGAUGCGUUGCCCAAGACGGAUCGGAACAAGAGCCACACUGACCACGGCGCACGAGUCGGCCUGGCAAAUUCCGCGAAGUACAUCUUCGCGCAGCUGGAGCAGGACCCCCUGCUGAGCACAAUGCCCCACGGUGCGGCGACUGUCGCCCAGAGGUUGGAUGAAGUCAAGGUGCCUACGCUCGUUCUCAUCGGGGAGCAAGACAAAUCCUUCCAUGCCGCUGCGCAGAUGAUGGCGAAAAAAGUGGCCAACGCCAAGCUCGUGAUGGUUCCCGGUGGUGGGCACAGCCUGCAAGAGAGUCACGGCGCGGCCGUCACCGCAGCGCUGCGCGACUUCUGUGCUGACAGUCACAGUGUCUUCGCCCUGCAUGCAACUAACUUCAAAAAAGGCCGCAGUUGCGGCAGUAGCACCGUGAAGAGGCCUAGUGAUAUGGACAAGUCGAGCACGCUCCCAGACGUCAUGGGAGCACAACCCGAAAGCUUUACAGGAGUCGAAGAGCAUCCGAGCCACAAGCGGGCCGCCGCAGACUCAGCUGCCGCCAAGCGCCUUCUGGAUCGUGCCUUCGAAGCAUUGCAGCCAGCCUUGGCGCCUUCGCUGCGGCAGAUGCAUGAGCUCGCUGGCGGAGCGGUCUCACAUGCUGAUGAGGCAUACUUUCGUGGCCUGGUCUUCCGCGAGUUGGACCGGCUAGCCCUGGCGGAGUACCUUCCGGCUGAGGAGGUGUUGCCGCGACUCAUGGAUGUGAUUGGCCGCGCGUGCAAUGUGACGUUCCGGUCGCUGCCGAAGCCCAGUUGGUGGCAGACGGGGUGGCACUCCGGGAUGCGAAGCUUCGAGGUGGUUGAUGCGCCGCCCAUCGGAGCGGCUGCGGGUUCCUCUGGCCAGCGGCUGGGCUUUGCCUAUGUCGAGCUCUUCGUCCCGAAGUUUGGGUCCCGACCGCUGGCGCCACAUUGCAUGCACCUGGCACCGGGCCAUGUCUACGUAGGCCUCCACUUCCAGGCGCCUUCCUUUGGCAAGACAAAGUUACUCAUGCCGGAAGAUGCCAUAACAGCUGCACAUGAGCUGGGGCAUGCGGUGCACAUGCUCUGCACCCGGGCCUCAUGCCUUCAAUUCCGCGGCUUCCCGCUGGAUCUGGUGGAGUUGCCAUCCACCUUUGCAGAGGUGCUGGCAACGCAACCGAGCAUGGUUGCGGAAUAUGCGCGGCACCACGCAUCCCGCGGCCCGCCGCCAGAGUCACUCGCGCGGUCGGUGCAGCAUGGUCCGUAUUUCUUCGCUCAAAAGCUGCAAAGCCUCAGCGUGAGCCUGACCCUGCAUUCCCCAGACUUUGAUGCUGCCAGUGCCACGGCCGAGGAGUUGCGGCAGCGAUCCAUUGAUCUUUGGCAGCGGUACUCCGCGAUCCCUGCAGACCCUUCCUUUGUGCCCUUGGCCGGAGAUGCAGGUGGCUACUUGGCCAUCGGCGCCAGCCAAACUGCCUACCUCCUGUGCUACAUGCGCUCUGAGCUUUUCCUGCACGGCGGCAAGGGCACAGGCCAGCGAGAGGCAGCACAGCGGUGGCUGAGUCCGGAGUUUGCAGGCAGCCUUCGCUCACAACUCUUGGAUCGGGCUUGGCCGGACCGGUCUGCUCUGUGGGACAGGUCGCAGCAUGGGCACAGCGGCAAGGAAAUCCCGCCACAUCCGCUGCCCCCUCUGCCAGAUGCCAGCCAGUUCAGCCUGUUUGAUCGUCUCCGGCGGCAGAUGAGCCCAAAGAAGGCAUGA